CUCUCUCUCUCUCUCUCUACCAUUAACCUCCUCUUCCUUGUCUCAUUCUGCUCUUUGUCUCUCAGGCUAAUGUGAAUGGCAGAGUUCUGACCCAGUGCAACAUUGAUGAGCUGAAGAAUGAAAUGAAAAUGAACUUUGGAGACUGGCAGCUCUUCAGAGGAACUGUGUUGGAGAUGCGUCACGUGGAGAGCCAGGUGCUUCAUGAGGAGGCUCCCAGCGAGAUGGACAGCAGUGUGGUGGGCCACGGGGAACCGAGGCGCCAGGUCGCCCCGCCCCAUGCCGGUGCCGCCAACCUCGAGGCCAACUCACCCAUGUACAGCUUCAACCUGAGCUUUGAGGAACUGAGCAAUGUGGGACUGGACGAGCCUCCCAGGCAUAGCAACAACACAUGGAUGGCCCCCACCCACCGUACCCCCAGCAUGUCCAGCCUCAACUCCCAGGAGUCGUCCAACGACAUCGUCAAGCUGACGGAAAAGCAGCAGUCGGAGUACCGCAACGCCUACCAGGAGUACAUCGCCCAGAUGGCCACGCUGGAGGUGGGCGGAGGCGGGGGAGAGAAGCCCGUCCAGCCCCACCCCAACCAGUUCAUGACCUCCGCCAGCUCCGAGGACAAAACCAAGGACAAGGCUACCACCAAGAGAAGCACCUCCAAGCUUCCCGCCGUGGAUGCCCCGGACUUCACCACCGCCGAAGCCCCCCUGGACCCCAUCACAGAGGAGGACGAGAAGCAGGACCCCCAUGGCUCCUCCAAGACCCUGCUCGGACGCAAGGCGCCCGGGUCCAGUGACCGGGGGAGCGGCCUGUUCCAGGGAGCAGCCGACCUCAAGAUGAAGACCGGUGGGCUGCCCUACCAGAAGCUCACCAGCGACGACGAGGAUUCAGAGAACUCCGACGCUCCUCUCCUGGGGGACGCGAAAAAGCCAGGUGACCCCAAAGCAUCCUCCCUGGCCCUGGCUAAGGGUAAAGAAUACCUGUCUGACGCCAUGCUGGAUAAGAAGGAUUCUUCUGACUCCGGCAUGCGCUCCAACGAGAGCUCGCCCAACCACUCCCUGCAGGAUGAGGAGGCUGACCUGUCCCAGCUGGAGCAGGCCAACCUGAUCGAGCUGGACCAGGAGGACAGCCAGAGCCGGGCGGCCAGUAAGAGGGGUCUGCCCAGCAGCCUGAGUGGUCUCCAGGACUCAGCUGUAGCCCGCAUGUCCAUCUGCUCCGAGGACCAGUGCAGCCUGCUGGCCAGCAGCCCCGAAGAGAGCUGGCCCUUAUCCAAGAGCUACAACCUCAACCGCACGCCCAGCAACACCACCCUCAACAACAACACCAACGACCAGCAGCGUUGCCAGGGACAGAGGGCUCCAGUGGGGUCCACCGACACCACCUGUUCCACCCCUACUUCCUCCUCCAUCAGCGAGGUCAUCGUCUCCACGGGUUCCGGCACCACCAGUACCACCACCAAGCCCGGCCCGCACAACGAGAACGUGCGCGUGGUGCACCUGAAGAGGGGGCUGAACCCCGGGGAUCCUCCGGAGAUCACCACCGUGUCCUCCGACACCGUCACUUUCGGAGAGGAGCGCGAGAGCAUCCUGUGAGCCCCCUGCCCAUCUCAUACCCAGGAGAGCACUUAGUCAGUAGAUGUUUGGUGUGGUAAUCUGACAAUGCAUGCGUAGCAAGGUACCGUAGCAAGCUAAAUGGGUAAAUAAAUGAUGUUCGUGCUUGGUGUGCACUAAGUAGAUAGCCUUGUUUAACCAGCCUGAUCUGGCAACCUCACAUUCUGUUACAGGAGGUAGCCUGGUGAAGGUAGCUCACUGAGAUCUUGUACUCUGUAUUUGUAUUGUCUAAAGUGAAGUGAAGUGACCUCUACUAACCGGCUUGAUAUUCUCUAGAGGUGAAGGUAGCUAGCUACGUACACUGUAAAACAAAUUAUCUUUAGAUCAACCUAAUUUACUUCACCUCUGGUAAAAACAACAACAUUAUUAUGACAAAUAUAUGAUUCAAUGCCAACUGUUAUAUUUCAUUAUAUUUGAAGUUGUAGCCUGUUUAUUUCAACACUAAACCUACAUUUCCCCUUUGGUUAAACUUAAUAUAACAAAUACAAAAAAUAUUUAAUGUGGGGCGACGCACAAUUGGCAUAGCGUCGUCCGGGUUAGGGAGGGUUUGGCCGGUAGGGAUAUCCUUGUCUCAGUAUGUAAAAUGUAAUAAAAUGUAUGCACUCUACUGUAAGUCGCUCUGGAUAAGAGCGUCUGCUAAAUGACUAAAAUGUAAAUGUAAAUGUAAUUUAAUGACAAUACAACCAAUUUUUUUCAUCUUGUUCCUAGUUCACUUUUUACUUUGGAAUUACCUUUCCAAAUAUAUUAAAUUGUGUUACAAGCAAUUUAAAUCAACAACCUAAAAAAUAAGAUGUUUUAAAAUAAUUUUUCCAAACUAAAGACCUUCACAUUUAGGAACCACAAUAUCAUAACCAAGCAAUGGCUACCGUCACAUAGAAACGUUAUCAGGCGCUUUAGUGUCAUUACAGAUGACAAAUACAAUAGACCACCUCAACUGGAAUGACAUUCACUCUCAGGGGUGGGCAAAAAUAUCCAACUGAAAGCCACGCACCCCCCAAUAAGCCACGCCUCGGCAACUCUUCUGAUAGGCUGCCGCCGCUACAUUGCCCCUACCGCUAUUCGAUGUGCAUGAGGUGUGGAAAGCAAUUUAGAAGCUUUCAUUCAAAUAAAAAAAUCACAUUGAUCUGACAAAUUCGUUAUUUGAUUUCAGACAAAUUGAUAGAACAGAUUGAAUGAACCAAAGCGUAAAUUUCGAUCAUUCCAAUCAGUAAAAGCACUUAACAGCGCCGUCCCAUUUUUUACAGUGCAGUAUAAUUGAAAACUUAACUACCUACGUACAGUGACUAACUAUCUGUUUAUUAUUUUGCACUACAACAAGCAUGGUAGCCUGGGUGUCAGUCUGUCUGUGCCAUCUCGCCAACUCCUUGUCAUGCCAAUGGCUUGACAAUGAGCAAUGGAGCUGGCAAGAGCACAAACAGAUCUGGGACCAGGCUACAAGCAUGCCUCAACAGUGUUAAUAUUAGCUGCUGCUGCCUAUGUGUGUCAACAAGUGAUGUAUUGAGCUUGUGGGUGGGUAAAAGAGAAGAUACCUGGUAUAGAUGAAGAAUGAAUGCAUAUGAACGCGUGAGCCAAAUGAACAAAAUUGUGUGUGGGAUCUGUUUUUGUCGUGUCUCAGCAAAUGACAUGGAGGAGACUCAACUGAACUAUUCAUCUCAUUGCAAAAGCCACAGGGCUUUUACCUAUUUUACCUUCCUAUGGGCCCUGGUCCAAAGUAGUGCGCUAUCGGUGGAAUAGGGUGCCAUUUGGGACUCAUCUCCUGCCAACACAAACAAAAGUGUUGGAUAAAAGGGAGGGACGUUGACACUAAUAUGUGACAAUAAUAGAGAAGUAAUCCUCAGAAAAAGAUAUUGAUCGCUGCAAAAUUCAGUUGCUGACUCUUCGCCAUAUGAUACAUGGGACUGUAUGUAUGCUGCUUUGUAAUGAACAGUGGUUGUAAAGUUAUUUGGUUUAUUACAUGUUGUCAGGGCCUGUCUCCUCCCUUAACGUAGUAGAGGCCAAUAGUAGAGGCCCCAUUUGUGAAUCCGAUGCCAUUUAAAUACAUUUUAAUUAAGCAGAUAUAAAAUGUACACUUAAUGGCGUCCGAUUCACAAAUCUGGCUACAGUAAAGAUUGGUGUUGCAUGCGUACCUAAUGAACUGUACAUUGCAUGCCUAAAUGAGUUUGCAAAUAUCAGUGCAAUGUCAGAGUGCUCUCCUAUGUGUUGCAUGCACUGUGAUGUUGUAUGGUGUCUUAACCAGUCGGAUGAUAACCAUGUGGGAGAAGAACACAAGAUAUUCUAUCUAUGAAGGGAAAGAAGUGAAUGGUGCCGUCAGACAUUAUCUGACUGAAAAAUAAAACCUGGUUGUUGACCUUC